GAAAUAAUAGGAGGAUCAAUCUAAACAAAACACGAAUACUGGACAAAUAAUAAAUAAAUGUAUGUUUUUGAACGGGUAACUAAUUAUGAAUAAUAUAAUCAUGAUUUGGUGAUAUCACCGUAAUGAGAUUGAGUGUUAUAAUUUGAAUUCAAAGUAACUACUGUUUUCCUUCAACUUGUAAAUAAUUUUUUAUAGUAUUGAUUUUAUUGAUCAGGCUAUUUGUAUUUGUGUUGGCAAAAACGGGUAGCAAGGUAUGAAUGCAGAUAAUACUAAUUGGAUACAGCUAUUUGAUAUCACUGAAAUAAAUAAACACCAGAGAGGCUUUGUUAUAUACAAAGUGAUUUCAAUAUUAUAUCCUAAAAGAUGUCCUGAAGCAGUUACAAAACUGAGUGUGUGGAAACGUUAUAAUGACUUUAAAAAAUUAUAUAGAGACAUGAAAAUUCUUCAUGGAAAUUAUAACUUGCCUGAUAAAUUUCCAUCUCUCUGUAGAGGAACAUUCUUCAAAAAGUAUGAUGAACAUUCCAUAACAGAAAAAAAGCAAAGUGCUCUGAAUUUCUUGGAAUAUAUUGGCAGUCAUCAUCAACUAUUCACAUCUAAGGAAUUUGUUAAGUUCUUUGAAACAAGUUAUAUGCCUAUUAAUCAUCUGAAUGGCAACAUAAGCAGUAUCAAGGCUGAUUUGAAUUUACCUGAUGAUCCAGAAUUUGUGAGAAAUUCUGAUGAUGAGCUUAACAGUGAUUCUGAUUCAAUCUCUACUUUGAGUAGUGUUAAUCUACUUGACACCUCAUCUUCUUCAUUAAUUUCAGAUAGACUUGCAAGAAAUGCCUCCUCAAGAACACCCGGCUCUCCACAAUCUCUGCAGAUUUUAAAAAAUGGCAGAACACAUUCAGAAGUUUGUUCGAAUGAAGAUGAUUUUAUGAAAUAUGUAGAAGAGCUAGAAACUAAUGGAAACUACGAAGAGGCCCAUAAAACCUGUGUAACAGCUACUGAUUUUUUAAGAGAAAGUCUGAGUAAUGAGAAUGAUUAUGACAAGAAAAGGUCCAUACAACAUAGAAUUGAAUUAUGCUGUUUGAGAGCAGAAAGAUUGUAUAACAUGUACUUAUCACCAGAAGUGAAAAAUUUGCUAUCCAAAGUUGAUCCGGUAAUAAAAAGAAGUAGUAUACAAAAACCGGCAAUAUCAGAAAUUUAUAAGUACAACGUCAUAAGGAAAGAAGAAUCAGGAAUGCUUGUUUUACAUCCAGAUACUCAAAAGAAAUUCUAUGUGAAGGUGAUUAACAAAACAACAUCAUUUUCAGAUGACAAUUUGAUUAUACCUGAAAGUAUACCAUACAUGGUGCAGUUACACAACUUCUAUAAUUGUGAUAAUUCAAUUUUUCUCAUAUUAGAAUAUGUGAAGGGUUCAAAGCUAUCUGAUUAUUUGAACAAAGUUAGACUGAAAUUCGAGAAUAAUGAAACAGUUGAGAAUUUAUAUGACAAAGCUGUUGAUCUAGAUAUUCCAGAUGAUGAUUCAGAAAAUAGUUUUACCGAUCUUGUAACCAAAUACACCAAAGUAAAAACAGAUAUUGAGAGUAAUGAUUUUGAGGUUAUCUCAAAAGAUGAUAUCUCCCAAACUGUACAUCCAGUUUCAUUGCCACAAACAGAGUCAACUUUUAGUUACAGGCAAAGGAGCUCAUCAAUACCUACUAUAAAUAUUGAAGCGGAACAAAAUGUAGACUUACUGCAUCAUGAGAUUAUUGUCAAAUGGGCUGCCCAGUUAAUAUUGGCUCUUGAAAAACUUCACACUUUAGGAAUUAUAUGUAAAGAUUUACGUUUACAUAACUUACUUAUAAAUGAAAAGGGUAACCUUACCCUAACUUAUAUGUGUAAUGCCAAAGAUUCAUACGAUAUUUUCAUAAAUAAAAGAGAUUUAAAUUUAGCUCCUGAAGUCCAAGGAAUCGGCCCAGAGGGAGAAGAAGCUGAUUGGUGGAGCUUUGGAGCCAUAUUUUAUGAAAUUUUAGUAGGCAUGAGCAUAAAUGACUUACAUCCUGAAUAUUUUCAUCAGACUACUAUUUUAAGGAUUCCAAAGUACGUAUCCCCGGAAGGAAGGUCGUUAUUACGACAAUUAUUAGUUUAUGAACCCAAAAAACGUUUAGGAGCAGGACCUCAUGGUGUUGACAAUUUGAAAUCCCACCCUUUUUUCAAAGGCAUAGACUGGAAUGCCUUACUUGAACAAAGCUUUAAUUGAUUCUACUCUAUUUAUUCAAGGAAUAAUUUAUUGAUUUACAUUAACUCAGUAUUCAAGGCCCGAUCAUUUAUAAUAUGUAUGAAUGUAUAUGUUGGGUAAGACUGAAGUGAUACAAGGAUUUGUUAAUCUUCAUGAAAAUAUAUAUAGUAAUAUAUAAAACUAAAGUUAUUUUGUUAAAAAAAUUAAUUUAUUUAUUAAUGAGUCAUUCUCAAAAUGUUCAAAACGAAGGAUAGUAUUAAUUAUUUUAUGUUCCUAUUUCUUCAAUAAAAUUAUUUGAUUUA